UACAUGAUCCUUGCCACCAUCACUGCUAACUGUGUUGUCCUGGCCUUGGAGCAGCACCUCCCUGGAGAGGAUAAGACCCCCAUGGCAAAGAGACUGGAGAAGACUGAGCCGUACUUUAUUGGGAUUUUCUGCUUUGAGUUCGGGAUCAAGCUGGUGGCGCUUGGCUUUGUGUUCCAUAAAGGGUCCUACCUGAGGAAUGGCUGGAACGUCAUGGACUUCAUUGUCGUGCUCAGUGGGAUCCUGGCAACGGCCGGUGCCCACAUGAACAUCCCAGUCGAUCUUCGAACCCUAAGGGCCGUGCGAGUGCUGAGACCCCUCAAACUCGUCUCUGGGAUCCCCAGCCUGCAGAUUGUGUUGAAGUCCAUCAUGAAGGCCAUGAUCCCGCUGCUACAGAUCGGCCUUCUGUUGUUCUUUGCCAUCCUCAUGUUUGCCAUCAUCGGCUUGGAGUUCUACAGCGGGAAGCUUCACCAGACCUGUCUGCCAUCGGACGAACUCUUCGAUAAUGAAACCCUUGACUCAACUGAGCUGGAAUUUGCAUGCGGUGUGAGGAAAUGUCCAGAGAAGUAUGACUGCAACGACACCUGGAUUGGACCCAAUGAUGGCAUCACGCAGUUUGACAACAUCCUGUUUGCCGUUCUCACCGUCUUCCAGUGUAUCACCAUGGAGGGAUGGACGGCUGUGCUCUACAAUACCAAUGAUGCCUUGGGUCCUAUGUGGAACUGGAUAUACUUCAUUCCUCUCAUCAUUAUUGGCUCUUUCUUUGUCUUGAAUUUAGUGUUGGGAGUUCUUUCAGGAGAAUUUGCAAAGGAGAGGGAGAGGGUGGAGAAUCGGAGAGCCUUCAUGAAGCUUCGACGCCAGCAGCAGGUGGAAAGAGAACUGAAUGGCUACCGAGCCUGGAUAGACAGGGCAGAGGAAGUGAUGCUUGCAGAGGAGAAUAAAAAUUCCGGGAGAUCGCCAUUAGAUGUGCUGAAGAGAGCAAGUAAGAAGACUGGUGCACGAAGAGGAGCACCAGGAGACGAAAAGUAUACAGAUAUGUCCACUGCCAGCAUGUCACGAUCAAGAAUGAACUUUCGCAGUGGUCGUCGUGGCCCAGCUGCCUAUCUGCGGCGUAAAGAGCGCAUGUUGCGCAUCUCCAUCCGCCGCAUGGUGAAGACAGACACGUUCUACUUGAUGGUGCUCAGUCUGGUGGCUCUCAACACCGUCUGCGUGGCCAUCGUGCACCAUGACCAGCCUGAUUGGCUCACCAUUUUCCUCUACUAUGCAGAGUUUGUUUUCCUGGGGCUGUUUCUGGCUGAGAUGUUUCUAAAGAUAUAUGGUCUGGGUCUCCGACUCUACUUCCAUUCAUCUUUUAACUGCUUCGACUGUGGGGUCAUUGUUGGCAGCAUCUUUGAGGUGGUUUGGGGCUUCUUCAGGCCUGGCAUGUCCUUUGGGAUCAGUGUACUGAGGGCGCUGAGGCUCCUGAGAAUUUUCAAGAUUACCAAAUACUGGGCAUCUCUCAGGAACCUGGUUGUGUCCCUCAUGAGCUCCAUGAAGUCCAUUAUUAGCCUGCUUUUCCUUCUUUUCCUCUUCACCGUGGUGUUUGCUCUGCUGGGGAUGCAACUUUUUGGAGGGAGGUUCAUCUUUGAAGAUUACACUCCCACCAACUUUGACACGUUUCCAGCUGCCAUCAUGACAGUGUUUCAGAUUUUGACUGGUGAGGACUGGAACGAGGUGAUGUAUGAUGGGAUUCGCUCGCAGGGAGGUGUUCAAUCUGGCAUGUGGUCAUCCAUCUACUUCAUAGUCCUCACGCUAUUUGGAAAUUACACACUGCUGAAUGUCUUCUUGGCCAUCGCUGUGGAUAAUCUGGCCAACGCACAGGAACUAACAAAGGAUGAAGAGGAGGAAGAGGAGUUCUUCAAUCAGAGAUACGCCAGGGGAAGAGACGGCUUAAUAUCUGAUGGCAGAAGAAGACCCUACCUGUACAGGAAACGGGCGAUCCACAGAGGGCGACCAACCUUCCCAGAAGAAGCUGACGGUGCAAUGGCCGCCGCAGACGAGCAGCCACCGGUUGGCAAUGCCUUUGCCAACCGUCGCGACAGAAGGAGGAAAGGAAAGUCCUCAGUGUGGGAGCAGAGAGCCAACCAGCUGCGCAAACGUCGUCAGAUGGCGAGCAGAGAGGAGCUGUUUGCAAGCCCCACUGAGGACACGGCAGAAACUCCCACCAUCCCCCACCACGCUCCGGCCCUUUCCCCGGAGGUCAGCCCAGGUCACCUGCCGGAGUCCCCCAUGUCAGUAGGGAUGCCAAUACCUGAACCCCCGAUGUCCAUCUCCAUUCCCAUGCCUGAGCCUCCGGCGGCUGAACCUCUGGUAAACCUGAGUGAGGAGAAAGCAGCGGGAGCAAACCACCGGACCACCGGCGGCGGCAGACACAGGGUGGCUCGGAAGUUCAGGUCCAGUCAGGCACCAGAAGAAGGCGCCCGGCACAGACGUCACCGUCACCGAGAGGCUCGCACUGAGGUCAAGAGUCUGGACUUCACCAAGUCGCCACAUGAAGUGCUGCAUGUCAGGCGGUCGCUCAGCCAAGAGAGGAAGAUACUGGAUGAAAGGGAGGAGAGGGAAGACAGAGAGGAUAGAGAGAGAGCAGAGGGAGAAGGAGGACCAGUCCAAGAUGAUGGAGGAACCUGCAUUACAAAUCCAUACGCAGAAGUUGGAGAAGACGGUAGACGAGAUGCAGUGCAGGACGGUGACUGGUCACAGCAGGGUGAGGACGGCCACACAGAUCAGUUCAGCCCCGUGGAGCCGGCUCUAGAGGCCACGGAGUUCACCGUGUGUGCCAUUGAAUCUGAGAAACACCAGGCCUCCAUCAAACGUGAAAAGUCCAAACUGGAGGGCAGCGUGGCGAUCGAAAUGUCUGCACAACCACUUCUGGAGCUAACGCCCAUGACAGUGAACAGUAAGGAGUUGGAGUCAUACCAGUCUGACGAGAUGGAGGAAGAGGAUGAGACAGAGGAUGAGGAGCCCCCGAUACCUCCUAAACCUGUAGCUCCAGACAGCAUGUUCAUCUUCAAGGCUUCUAACCCUAUCAGGAGGAUUUGUCACUAUGUGGUCACGAUGCGCUAUUUUGAGAUGACCAUCCUCCUCGUGAUCGUGGCCAGCAGCAUUGCGCUGGCGGCCGAGGACCCCGUGUGCACCAAUUCAGACAGAAACAAGGUGUUGCGAUACUUUGAUUACGUCUUCACUGGAGUAUUCACUUUUGAAAUGAUCAUAAAGAUGAUAGACCAGGGUCUUAUUCUGCAUGACGGCUCCUACUUCCGAGACAUGUGGAACUUGCUGGACUUCAUUGUAGUGGUGGGGGCUCUGAUCGCCUUUGCUCUUACUAACAACAAAGGCCGGGACAUCAAGACAAUAAAAUCCCUCCGAGUGUUGAGAGUUCUGCGGCCUCUCAAAACCAUCAAGAGGCUUCCUAAACUCAAGGCGGUUUUUGACUGUGUGGUCACGUCUCUGAAGAACGUCUUCAACAUCCUCAUUGUGUAUCAGCUCUUUAUGUUCAUCUUUGCUGUCAUCGCCGUGCAGCUCUUUAAGGGGAAGUUCUUCUUUUGCACUGACAGCUCCAUGAAUACAGAGAAGGAAUGUCAAGGCUUCUACAUUGACUACAGCAGAGACAAGAAGGAGGUCAAGAGGAGAGAGUGGAGGAGACAUGAGUUUCACUUUGACAACGUCUGCUGGGCCCUGCUCACACUUUUCACUGUGUCGACUGGAGAAGGAUGGCCUCAGGUCCUCCAGCACUCUACUGAUGUUACAGAGGAGAACAUGGGGCCAAGUCGCGGGAACAGAAUGGAGAUGUCCGUCUUCUACGUGGUCUACUUCGUGGUCUUCCCAUUCUUCUUCGUCAACAUCUUCGUGGCUCUCAUCAUCAUCACCUUCCAGGAGCAGGGUGACAAGAUGAUUCAGGAGUGCAGUCUGGAGAAGAAUGAGAGGGCCUGCAUUGAUUUUGCAAUCAGCGCCAAGCCGAUGACCCGCUACAUGCCCCAGAACAGACAAACCUUCCAGUACAGACUGUGGCACUUUGUGGCGUCGCCCUCUUUUGAGUACACCGUGCUCAUCAUGAUCGCCCUCAACACUGUUGUUCUCAUGAUGAAGUAUCACUCGGCCCCGACAGCUUACGACACAGUGUUAAAACACCUGAACACGGCCUUCACCGUGCUCUUCUCCUUGGAGUGUAUACUCAAGAUCCUGGCAUUUGGUCUCGUGAACUAUUUUCGAGACACGUGGAAUAUCUUUGAUUUCAUCACUGUUCUUGGCAGCAUCUCGGAAAUAAUUGUGGAUCUGCAGUCGGUGAACACCAUCAACAUGAGUUUCCUGAAGCUCUUCCGGGCAGCCCGGUUGAUCAAGCUGCUGCGGCAGGGCUACACCAUCCGCAUUCUCCUGUGGACCUUCGUGCAAUCAUUCAAGGCUCUUCCUUAUGUCUGCCUUCUGAUCGCCAUGCUUUUCUUCAUAUAUGCCAUAAUUGGAAUGCAGGUGUUUGGAAACAUCAAGCUGAAUGAUGAGAGUCACAUCAAUCAGCACAACAAUUUCAAGACCUUUUUCAGUGCACUGAUGCUUCUGUUCAGGAGCGCUACGGGGGAGUCCUGGCAGGAGAUUAUGCUCUCCUGUCUGUCUGGACAGGAAUGUGAGCCAGAUCCCUCCAUCGCCCCCCUCACCAUGUCUCCAGACCAUGAAGGAGGAUGUGGGACCGACUUUGCUUACUGCUACUUUGUCUCCUUCAUUUUCUUCAGCUCAUUCCUGAUGCUGAAUCUGUUUGUGGCUGUGAUUAUGGAUAAUUUUGAGUACUUGACACGAGACUCCUCAAUCCUUGGUCCCCAUCACUUGGAUGAGUUUGUCCGUAUUUGGGGGGAGUAUGAUCGACUGGCGUGUGGGCGUAUUCACUACACGGCUAUGUAUGAGACGCUGACACACAUGUCACCUCCCCUGGGCCUGGGGAAGAAAUGUCCCGCUAAGAUUGCCUACAAGAGGUUGGUGCUGAUGAACAUGCCUGUGGAUGAGGACAUGACCGUCCACUUCACCUCCACUCUGAUGUCACUGAUCCGCACAGCUCUGGAGAUCAAAAUAGCUCGAGGUGGCGAGGAUCGAGUUGCUCUGGACACAGAGCUCCAGAAGGAGAUCAGUAUCAUCUGGCCGUAUCUGCCCCAGAAGACUUUGGACCUCUUGGUACCUAUCAACAAAGAUGAUGACCUGACAGUGGGGAAGAUCUACGCUUCAAUGAUGAUAAUGGAUUACUUCAAACAGAACAAAGCGAAGAAACUCAGACAACAGUUGGAAGCUCAGAGGAGUAACUUGAUGUUUAAACGUCUGGAUGCCUCCACCCUCCCCGAGGACAUUCUGUCAAACACCCAGCCGCUGCCAAUGAUGGCCCACAGCGCUGGCUCGGCCCUGACCAGAGGAGGCUUCGUGGCUUUGAGUCCCAUCUCUCCGGGGGAGCUCUUUCUGCAGCCCAUAAGCUCAGAGGGGGAUGCCAGUCAGCAGCAGAAUCCGCAGGCAGAGGUCGGAAGUGGCUCCAUGAAGCGCUCGGUCUCCACAGUUGCAGAUGAACGUGUGAACGGACUCUGGCAGGAGGAGAAAAGUCCUGAGCGAGUGUACCGGCCUCGUCACAAAAGCUACAAGGCCGCAGUGUCUCGCUCCGAGCACAAGGAGCGCGGCCGGUCCAAGGAGCGCUGCCACCUCCUGUCUCCAGACACGUCUCGCUGUAACUCAGAGGAAAGGAGCCUGCAGCCGUCGCGCUCGUCCAGCGUAGACAGAGCACAGCCCCAGGACAAGCAGGGCAACAGUUCGGAGAGCCCAGUGCCCUCCACCUCCGAGUCCAGCACACCCAGUGGCCGUCGGCCUCUGUCGCAGACCCCGACCCGCUCCCGCCCUCACAUCUCCUACUCCCCGCUUGUGUGUCGCACACAAGCCUCCGCCGGCGAAGACGAGGACGAGCAGGGGAGCCCAGAGGCCAUAAGGCGGAGCAAACCCACGUGGGAGACAGAAGAGGGAGUCGAGGGCGAGAGGCGGGCCGAGACCGGCCUGCACCCGUCCCCGCCUCGGCGCUACCCCUCCGAGCCUUUCCUGACCUCACAGGAGGACGACCACAGCCCGGACCCCUCUGGUCCCAUGGAAACGUUAACCUUCGAGGCGGCUGUGGCCUGCAGCCUGGGACGCUCAAACACCAUCAGCACAGCCCGCCCGCGCUUACGGUCCGGCUGGCAGGUCCCCAACGGACACUUUCGGAAGCGUCUGGUGCAGACGGCCUCGGCUGCAGCCUGCGACCCCCUCAGUGACACAGAGGAGGACGACAGGUGCUAGGGAUGGGAAACAAGUCCUUAGCACCGGUUAGAGGAAGGUGAACACCAGAGAGCCACUGGAGGACCCUCUUCGACAGCAUCCAGAGUAAAAAAAAGUUCAUUUGACUCUUUUUGCAUCUCCAGAGGGCUCCAAGCGCUCCGGAUGUUUGGAAAAAAACCCAAAAUGAUGAAGAUCGAUACUUCCUGAAACUGUAGUUGCCAAUUCACACAGAACACUGACAAUCAAUAAGGUCUAUUUCCUGAUUUGUACUUGAUGAUAGAGAGUAAUAAUGUGUCUCAAGUAGUCACUGAAUAAAGAAAAUAAAUGAAAUGAAUGACCAGAUUAUGUCAUGUGUGUCACUAGGUAUUUCCAUUUCGAAAGAUGUUUUUAAAAGAUUCGGUGUUGCUCUAAGCAAUAUUUAUCCACGGGGUGUGUGAAUAUGUAACUACAUUUUCUUAGAAAUCAUUUUGUAAAUACACUCAGAUCAUCUCACCAUUGACAUUUACCAAUACAAGCCAUCGUGAAGAGGCAAAUCUGAUGCUUUACCAGAUAAUGUGGAUUCUCUCCAAUGCUGGAUUUUUCUACAGUAUGAAUGAAUGUGCAGGGGAAGAACUGCUUGAUUUCCCCUCGUCAUUUUUCUUUUUGGUAUUGAGCAUACUGAGUUGUGAAAUAUGGUUACAGUUAUAAUAGAACAUAGAAAAGAUGCUUAUUUGUGAUUUCACCCAACAUUAUUGUUAAAACACGCCUCCACCAAACUACAGACCUUCAACAUUUUUAAUUAUCCUUUGAACGGUAUUUCAUUUUGAUUGAUUUAUUUGUCACCUCUCAAACCCCUUUAAAUAAGAAAGUUCCCUGCAGUUAUUAUUAAUCAGCGAUUUGAUUUUCAGAGUGUUUU